UUUUGUUCAUUCAGUCCACCUCGAACCACCUCAGAGAAAAUGAUCAAAGCUUUGACUUUGUUGGCUGCUGUGGCCACGGCUUCCGCUAUUCCUUCUUAUUACUUAAGAGCUUCUUCAUGUCAGGAAGCUGAGAAUGUGACCUUGUGUGAGGUUGAUCUCAAAGUCUGCAAGGACCUCUUCACAGGCGGCAGGGAAGAACAGGAUAGAAGAGACAUCUACAAGAAAUGCCUCGACAAAAAUGGCUCUGGCCAACUCCUGGACGUGGACCCCGAGAUCCUCUUCAGCCCCACAGGACUGGAGGCUCUUUCGCUGUUCGGUUCCGAGGAGAAGCACGAGGCUCUGAAGCAGUGCGUCCUUCGUGAGCGGGGAGAGCUGAAACCCGACGGAACAGUCGACCCGCAGCCUUUCUUGGACAGACUGACUCUCGCCCUUAACGACACUCGUCCUGACAUCCUCGAGCGCCUUCUUUACACCGCAGAGUCAUGUUCGGUCGAAAACUUUUCCCAGGUCGAUGACUGGAAGACGUGCGUCCUCUCGGGCUGCGUCCGCCAAGACCUCCCGACUCCUGUGCCCACAACUGUUGACCCUCAGGAGGAGUGAAGCGCCAACUGUUCUUCGUUUCUGUUGCAACAAAACCUAUUUCUAAUACGGAUUGUGAUGUAAAAUAUUUGAAAGUGUUAUGGUUUAUUUGUGACAGUGAUAUAAAUAAAAAAUACUUGUG